GGGAGACGUUUCCGUUGGCGGUUCUAUUGAAGUCGACAACUUUGGGCGGUUUUUUCAGAGGGUAAUAAAAUGGCUGCUCCCUUGUGAGCCGGGUUGGGUGGGGGCGGCUGAGCAGUCGCCUCCGCUGCGGCCGGGGGAGCAGCGGCGGCAUGUAGAGGAGCGGCGGAGGAAGACCGUUUGUCGGGGGCCUGGUCUUUUGUCGUUGUCUCUGCCCUCCCUCGCUCCCUUCCUCCCCGCUGGGCGUCAUCUCCCUGGAGCCAGCCGCCUCCGGCCUUGGGUCUCCUGGGUGCGCCGGGCUGCCGCCUGAGGAGGAGGAGGAGGAGGAAGAGGAAGGAAGCAGCUGAGAACCAUGAGCGCAGCCGCCGGCGGACCCGCGGCCUGGAAGAAGGACCACCUGUGGCAGCUCCUGCUGGCCCUGGGCUUCGAGCCGGAAAAAGCUGCGGCCGAAGCCGGGAAGCUCGCGUCGCACACGAAGCUGGGCGUGAGCAUGUUUGACAAACCUAACAGUGAUGCCUUUCACAUAGUUGCCUACUUUUUGUUUACCACUUUGAAUCCUUCCCAUGCUAAAGAAGUAUUCAGAUUCUGUUGGCCUCCAGUAGACCGAAAAACUGAUGCUGAAUUUCGGAAACAGUGCUGUGAGUGGUUGAAAAGAAUUUCUGAUGAAUGUGGAAGCAGCUUUCCUCAAGUUGUUGGUUCAUUGUUUCUUUCUCCUGGUGGCCCUAAGUUUGUUGAUCUCAUGUACUCUUUUGCAAGAUUUAUUGCACUGCAGUAUAUUAAAACCAACUCUGAAAGUUCUAAUAAGAGCUUUGUAGAGUCAUUUAAUAUGAAAUUUCAAGAUCCUCAUAAGUCCUUUACAAGAUGCCAUGUAGCACGUACCUGGUUUUUACAAAUUUUACAAAAAGAAGAUUCUCUGAUUCGGCAAUACCAAGAAAAUUCUCAAUCAUUAAUUAAACAAAUAAGAGAUUUGAAAUCACAAUACACAGAAUUGCAAAAAUUACAAAAAAGGAACCAGAAUGAAGACCAAAGAAACAUAUCAGAGAAAGUUCAAAAGGUUCGAUCGAUGUGGGAUUCUGUGAUGGAAACUCUUACAUUUUUGGAAAAAGAAAUAGAAGUUGUUAAUUCGGUCAUUACAGGUCAUGUUGAUCAGUAUACUUUGGAUGGAACUGGUGUUGCUAUUAAGGUUCCAAGACUCUUACUGGACAGAAUUGAAAAACAAAUGUACCAUUUAUCUAUAGGAAAUCUUUAUGAAGCUGGAAAAUUGAAUCUUUUAACUGUUAUUCGAUUGCUGAAUGAAGCCCUGAAGAUUUUAAAAGAUGAACGUAGUUGUACUGACCAAACAGGACUAACAACAGACCUUAAUUACGUUGAGAGAGAGGCCAGAAUUCAGAAAAACUCAUUAUUACAAGUGAAGCAGAUGAGGAAUAAAAUAAAGCAAGAGGCUGUUUUUGUAAAGCAAUCAAAUACUGAAAAACAGAGAGAAUGGAACAAGAAGUGGGAAGAGUUCCUUAAUCAGGCUCCUCUUAGUCUAAUUAAAGAUGAGACACCAGCUCUGGAUCUUUUACCAGCAAUGUCUCCUCUUUCAUUUGAUCCUGCUUCAGAAGAAGUUUAUGAAAGCAGUAUCUUCUUUCGAUAUCCCAUUUCACUUCCAGAUUCACCUAAGAAGCAUGCCCAAGAAAAUUCCCACUGGAAGGAUGAUGAUGCAGUAAGAACUACAGCAGAACUAGUGAACAGGGUGCCUGUUAUUCCAGUGCAGUUGGAUACAAUGUCUGAUAGUAGCAGUGUUGUGUUAUUUGAAAAGGAUGUGAAGACAAAGAUUCUUAGAGAUAAAGAACAGCCAAUUUCUAAAAAGAAACAAAAAGUCAGAAUGGACACAUCUCAAUCACUGUCAGCUCAGAAGAAUAGAGAGAAUUGUGUACUUUCAACACCAGUGCUAGAUCCUUUCAAAAAAGAAGUAGAUCAUCUGGCCGAGGAGGUUGCCAAAGCUGUUGUAGCAGAUUCACCACAGCUUUGUAAAGAAAGAGACUCAGAAUUAGGGGACUUAAUGAACUGUCUAUUUUCUAACCCAUUUUUGACAAGGAAGCAGAUUCCACGAACUCCAGAAAAUCUGACUCCUGAAAUUAGAAAUUCCCAAAGGGAAGAUUUUCAAGAUGACAUUGAUCCAGAUAUAGAGGUGGUUCAAAUGGAUGCUGUGUCCAAUGAGCAAACACAUUCAAGCAUGAACAAUUUUCUCUCAGGAUCAGCUCUUAGUAAAUCUUUCUUGCCUGAGGAAAGAGCUUCCCUGAAAGUUGGACCUCAAGAGAACAUAGGAACUUGUCACCUUGACCCACUAACAGGCAAAUGUGCAAAAAUUUUAAAUAAAACAGUCUGGGAACGGAACUCAGAAUGUGCAGUUUUACAAGUAGACCUUGAAAAAAGCCAUACAGGGUCAAGUUUAUCUGCUCUGGAGAAAAAGAUAAAUGAAAUAGAUGGCAAAGAAGAGCAAGUUAGCAAAAAGCUGGACUUCUCAUCUGCAUCUUGUAAAGAACAGUCUUGGGUGCAUACAAGUUUAUUUUGGAAUUCUGAGAUCCUAAAUGAAAUUAGUUCUAAUAGUAGAGAGGCUGUCCGUUUUGAUAUAUUGCACGAAACCCUUCCAGAGGUAGCAGACAACUUGAGUUUUAAUAGCUCCUAUAGCACAGAGUCUGGUGAUGAAACAGGGCAGAAUAGUUCAGUGGCUAAUGAUAUCUUAAUGGAAGAGUCAACGAGAAAAAAAUUGACCACUGAAGAAAGAAACUUGAGUUUUGAGGCUAUUUGUAGUAGAUUUGAAGCUCUUAAAAAGUCUAAGUCUGAGAAAAAAAAAGAGUCUCCUCAUUUUUCUCCUAAAACAUUUAUAAAAGAUCACUCAAAAUUGGGUUGUACUUCAAAUAACGUGGAAACAGAUGACGUGUUUAAUUCUCUGGGAUAUUUUCCUGCUGUCUACACAGACAACAUAAAACCAUCUCUACGAAUGUCCUUUGGUGAAAGAAAAUCUCUUUCACCACUUAUCAGAUUUUCUCCAGAGGAACAGAGACAAAGGUCUGCAAACCCAGACGAUAUUCGAGAAUUUUUACCUUAUAUAAAGGAUUACUCACCUCAAGAGCAUAUUUCCGGGGAGUAUACUAAAGAAAAGAACUCGGAUAAAAGGCUUGACUCUUCAUCCAAUUUAAAGGCUGAAGAAGAUGGAGCAGUUGCACAAUUAAUUGAAUUAUGAUGGAUUUAAAUUGAAGAUUCAUUAUAGAAUAAAAAGCUGAUUUGUAAUCUAAAUAUUUUUGGGAAGCCUUACUCCUGCAGAUAGGGGAAAAAAAAACCCACUGGGUAACAACACUUCAAUCUUUUAGGGCAAGAGGCGUAUAUAGUAUCCAGUUAGUGAAUUCUUUAGUCUUUUUGAAUGAAAAAAUGUAUAGCAUUUUGCCCAUUUGUAAAAAAUGGAAGUUGAAAACAAUAUAGAAUGCACAGAAUGUUAGAACUUGAAAGGACUUUAGAGAUCAUUUAAUUCAGUCUCCUCAUUUUAUAGAUAAGGAAAUUGAGGCCCAGAGGGGUGAAGUGAUUUGUUCCUGGUUACAAGAAGACAUUUUAAUAUCAUCAUCAGCAAUCAACUUGUAAAGAACAAGCUUUCCGAAGUUAAGUAACCUGUUGGCAUACAUGGUAGCUUGAUUGAUUUUAAAGGUUAAAUAGCAUAAGAAGGAAAUAGCACUUCUCUGUUACUUAAGGACAUGUUAAAAUCACUAACAAAAAUAUUGAAAAUAGUAAAUGAUGUAGGGCAUGAUUGGAGAAAAAGUAAGAACCAGAUAGUUUAAACCUUAAACUUGCUUUCCCUCCAGCUUAUGGAGUUGCAGUUAGGUGUAGUAAAGAAUGAGCAUAUGAAAGAAGAUUGGGAAAAGGAUCUCCGAAUGAGAAAAUGACAGAAUAACAGAAGAAAAAUGAUGAGAAGAUAUAAGAAUGACUACCAAGAACUAGAAAUUUACUCAGUGGGUUUAACUGGGUAGUGGACUUAUUUGGUCUAAUUUAGACUGGGACUAUUUAUUUUUCUAGUUUUGUAUUUCAAAUUAAAAAAAUGUAAAUAAAUAAUAUUCACUGUU